AUCACUCCGAGGGCUGAGGAGUGACUCACUCGAUCACUCCACCAAGGGCCGUCUGUGUCAGGUGUUGGCAGGGUCAGGUCUGACAACCAGCGCGCUGCUGCUUCUUCUUGGCUUCUUUGGUUCUACUGCAUGCCUUGCAUUAGAGGAUAAGGUCCUGUACGCGAUUUUAGAUUUGUUAUCAGUCUUAAUGACUGUCGGUGUAAAGGAGUAAGAGAGGGCCUGCAGCGUCCGGAUCGUUGUGUCAUACACCCUUUGCCAUCAAUCCUUUGUUGGACAAAUACAGUAAAUAGUUCACUUCAUAGAUCAUUUUUCUCACUGAAGACUGUGAUCAUGACACCCAUGGUGCAUCUGUUGUUGCUCCCACUCCUGCUCAGCAUUGCUGGUGGGAAGGAUCUGGAGGAAAAGAAGGGCCCGUUUGAGAACACGGUGCUGGAUGUGCCAGAGGGGACACCAGUGCCAUAUCCCAUGCAUCAGUUUCAGGUGACCCAUGCAGGUGUGAAUAAUUUCCGGCUGAGUGGAGAAGGAAAUGAAGACAUUAAGAUUUCAAAGGAUGGGUGGCUCUUCCUGGACCGGCCCCUGGACUGGUCUCGAGACGACCAUUAUAUUAUCAAGGUGGAGGCAUUGGCGGAUGAGGAAGUAGUGGACGGUCCAGUUUAUGUGACCAUAAAUGUGGUGGACAUCAACAACAACGCUCCACACUUCAACCAGAGUGAAUACACAGCUGUGGUUAGAGAGAAAACUGCAGCAGGCGUCCCAUUCACCCGUGUGUUCGCAUCUGAUCAGGAUGACCCCGAGACUCCCAAUGCUCACCUGAGCUACAGCCUGGUCAGCCAGACCCCCAACACACAUCAAGUCCACCUGUUCCAGAUCAACCCCAACACUGGAGAGAUCUCCACCACAGAAGAAGGGGAACGGAUGCUAAAGGCCAGAGAGAGCAUCCGAUACAGCCGAGGAGAAGAUCAGAGCAUUGACGCUCUGAAGGCAAAGUUUGACGACUACUGUCCAGCGCCGGAGAUCCCCCAUGAAGACAACCCCUUCUUCACUUGCGUGGAGAGAGCAGAAAUCAGAAGGAGGAAUGUGGACCCCCUGCAGGACCCAGACUACACCUUGUUUGUGCGCGUGCAGGACCUGGGGGGAGCGUCGGAGAACGCACUGAGUGGAAACACCGGAGUUCACAUUGUUGUGCAGCAAAACCUGUGGUUCAACCCUGGACCGAUAACUGUGAAAGAGCAAUUAGAGGGGGAUUAUCCUAUGAUCAUCGCAGUGGUCCAGUCUAAUCAUCCUGAAGCCAUCUACAGUUUAGUGCAGAAAGAGCGAGAGCUGAAAUUCCCCUUCCAGAUAACACAAAAUGGAGGAAUCCAACUGACAGAGCCACUGGACAGAGAAGACAAGAACAUGUACAUACUGGUGGUCUUUGCGAAGGAUGACAGUGACAAAGAGGUGGAGCCGCCCAUGGAGAUUCAAGUCCUGGUGGAGGAUGUGAACGACAACGCACCAGUGUGUGAAAACGAGGAGAGUGUAUUUGAGUUGCAGGAGAAUGAGCCUGUGGGCAGCUUUGUGGGACAGCUGUUGGCCCAUGAUGACGAUCAAACCGAGACGCUGAAUUCUCUGCUGACUUACACCAUCUUGCCAGAAGAUCCGACCGCACCCGAUGUCUUCUCCAUCGACGCUGCUUCUGGAAGAAUUCAGGCAUUGCGCUUGCUCCAGCGAAGAGAACAGCAGGUCUAUCGCCUCAAUGUCAGAGUCAGCGACCCAGCUUUCAGCGUGAAUUGUAAAGUCGUCAUCAAGGUCAUCGAUGUGAACAACGAGACGCCUCUGUUUGAGAAGAAUGAUUAUGGUGAGCACACUCUGGCGGAGGACACACCUGUUGGACACACAGUGGUGUCCAUCAGAGCCACAGAUGCUGAUGACCCAGACAGCGGCAGCUCCCACAUCGAGUUCCACAUCUCUGCUGGCAACGAUGGUGAGGUUUUCGCUGUGGAAACAGACGGCAAAGGCGUCGGCCAGUUGGUCUUGGUUAAGCCUUUGGACUUUGAGUCCUCUCCCACCUACAAACUCCAGAUUGAUGCUCGUAACCCGGAGCCGCUGAUGGAAGGCAUAGAGUACGGCGGCGAAUCCACGGCCUUCGUCACCGUGUCUGUCACCGACGUGGACGAGGCCCCGGAGUUCAGCCUGGACGUCCUGGAUGUGACCUUGCCUGAAAACACCACCAAGGGAUCAGUGCUGCUCACUGUGGAGGCAAAGGACCCAGAGGGCAAAGAGAUUGGUUUUAAGUUGGACGGCGACACUCGUGGCUGGCUGGAGAUCGAUGCUGCCACAGGACAGAUCAAGACCAAAGACAAGCUGGACAGAGAGAGCGUGGAGACCUUCGACGUCACUAUCACAGCAUUCGAGAAAGAGAACCCCAAGAAGUCUACUGAGCGAGUCCUAUCUGUGAGGCUGCUGGACGUGAACGACAACUCCCCCCGACUGAUGGAGAAACAGGCCUUCAUCUGCGUCGCAAAGCCUGUACCUGUCAUCAUCACGGCCCAAGACGGAGACAGCGCCCCCUUCUCCCAGCCCUUCACCUUCGCCCUGGCCAAGAAGUCCCCCAACUGGGAACUGAGCAGUGUCGACGGUACCUCAGCUAAACUGACCCUGAGGAAAAAACCACCUGCAGAUAGAACCUUCCAACUUUCCAUCACUGUUAAAGACAAUGCAGGCAUGGGAGUCCCACAGUUAUUUGAGGUGAAAGUAUGUAACUGCACUGAGCUGGGCUACUGCUACAUGGCACCAGUGGAACGUUCCUUGAGCUACGGAAUGGGACCCACCAUCGGGAUCCUGGCCGGCACUCUGGGAUUCUGCGCUCUUGUCUUCAUCAUAGUGAUCAAACGCGUAAAGAAAGAAAACAAGAAGAAGAAAGUGAACGUGAAUGAGGAGGAGAACGCCAUCAUGUAGAGACAACACACACACACACACACACACACACACACACACACACACACACACACACAAACUUUAGCUUAUUAUAUUUUAUUUACAAGAGAGUGUUGAGCUUGAUUAAUGGGUGCUGUGCGUACUUAAUUAAACAAUCAGGUGGUCCCAUACUAAUCAUUCAUUUGUGCACCUUCUCGACUUAAUUUAUUAAGAUGUGAAUCCCAGACUCUGGCUGCUUCAUUAGCAGUUUCAUCAACUCCCAUGAUUCAAUUACUUUUUUUGGCCCAGAGCUUGUUCUGUUAAUGUCUCCUGCUUUGAUGCAACAUCUAACGGUUGAAUAUUGUGUAUCGACUGGAAGUAUCCCUACUGUCAAGCAACAUUUUGAACUGAGAAUGUCACUCGUCACAGCGCUGUCUGUGUAAUGAACAAUAAUGAAUGUGUUUUGUAAUGAGCAGCGGUUGCUCAGUUUCCCAAUAAACAGAAACUGGGAACCAC